GUUCCCUCAUCUCAAACUGUGUGCAAGUGAAAACUUGCGUAUGGUGAAAAUAGUGUGCACAAAUUAGGGGAAGGGUCAUUUAUAAUUGGGCAAUAGUUCGAUAUACAACUCCGGUGAUAAAACUCGAGCAAGUAUGGCAAUGAAUCAAGCACAUCCGUCACCCGUAAUUGCAAUGUCUGCUGCUACAGUAGCAGCAGCCACGGUCGAUCCGGUUGCAUUGCAGCGUUACGAAGCGGACAAGCGUGCUUGGGAUGAAGCCAUCCGAGCUUACAAUGGGCCCGAUCCAUUGGAUAUAUGGUUCAACUUUAUUUGCUGGCUGGAGCAGCACAAGUGCUUCGACAAAGAUGGUGGCUUCCGGAAGAUUUUGGAGCAAUGUCUGUCGAAUUUUGAGAAUUUUGAAAACUAUAAACAGGAUGUUCGAAUGGUUAAACUGUGGAUGAAAUUUAUUGACAUGCAAGCAAACCCUUUAAAUCUGUACCAAUUUCUGUACAAAAAGAAUGUGGGCACACAAUGUGCUUGUUUCUACAUCGGUUGGGCUCAUUACUACGAUGCAGCUAACGCAUUCAAACAGGCGGAGUCGAUUUACAAUUUAGGUAUUCAGGUGAAGGCACAGCCAAUAGAAGAGUUGCAGGAAGCUCAAAAUAAAUUUCGGUUAUCGAUAGCUAAUCGAAUGCUGUACAACGAUGCGUCUUCAAAGAAAAGAUCGGCCAACACAUUGGUGGAGCAAAGACAGCAGAUCACUUCUCUGAGUCCCCCGCAGAAGAAGCUGAAAACCGAAUCUGGAGAAUACAACAUCCAAAAUCAACAAGGUCAGCAAUCACAGUUGCAACAACAACAGCAACAAACGCAACAGCAUCAUCAGCCGGUUCAGCAUCAUCAGUCGUCACAUCAGCAUCAACAGCCAGUUGAACCACAGAAACCUCAGCAGGUCCAACAACAACAACAACAACAGCACCAGCAACAGAUCGUGGUUCAACGACAAGAAACGCUAACGGCGCAGGCUCGAUUACAGCCACACAUACCGCAUUCUCAACAACAACAAGCUCAAUACGCUGCGUACUAUCAUCAGCAACAGCAGCAACAUCAUCAAUUGCAACAACAAACAAGUCAACAGCAGCAUCAAGCACAGCAACAGCAAUCGCAAUUACAUCAACAACCGCAGCAACAACACCACCAGCAACAAAUGCAGCAUACGAUUCAACAACCGCCACAGCAGCAACAGCAACACGUAUCUGUUGCAGCGACAAGUACAGCUAGUCCAACUGUAGCAGCCGAACAAUAUUAUCAACACGAUAAACAAGCUCUCGCUUACAAUCAGUAUAAUCACCACCUUUAUCAUCAGCAGACGCAUCAUCAACAGUACCAAACACAACCCCAAGCUAUUGUUGCUCAACCCCAAUCACCUGUUCAGCAGCCAAUGCAGCGCCAAGUUCAGCAAACCCCACAAAUUCAACAAGCAUCUCCGGCUACAUCUCAUCCAGCGACACACGCCCACGUUAAUCAGGUCCCUCAUCAACAAGCACAACCGCAGCAGGUACAAUCAAGACUACAACCUCAACCUCAAGCUCCACCAACAACACCAGCUGCUACACAACCGGUUCAAUCGCAACAUCAGCCGGAACCGAAAGCGAUCCAACGAUCCGUUAUCGUGGAAAACUACGCCCUAGAAAACGAGAGCUUGAUCGAGUGUAAUCUGAACAACUCGGCUUACGUUAUCUCGUCCUCGCUGAACUACGUCUAUGACGAUCCCAAUCUUACCGGGUACUCGACCAUCGAAGAGGAACCUCCCGAGGAGGAAAAACUCGAUCCACUCGCCAUUCGGCUACCACCCAACUUUGCCCGUGAAGCUCGUUCCAACCAUGAGCGCUGGGAGGUUCCACUUUGCCUCGAAGAACCGUACGAGCAGAACCGCAAAUGUUGCUACCCGAAAGGAUUGGUGUAUCCGGAUCUUCACACCGGCAACCCGACGAUGGAAUUUUCGUUGGAGGAAAUCCGGGCCCGUAAGUGGUACCGUCGGAAAGAGGAACUGGAAGAACAGAAACGAAUACGGCAGGCGCAGUUGGAGGCCGAAAAGCAGCGCCAAGAGCGGCAACGGCAGCUGCAAUUGCAGUACCAACAACAUCAACAGCAGCAGCAGCAGCAACAGCAGCAGCAGCAACAACAACAACAGCAGCAGAUAUCGCAUCAAACUGUUUAUCAUGGUCACGCUCAACAUCACUCGUUGGCUCAUAGAAACUAUCAACAAACAAAUCAGUAUCCUUCAAACGCAUAUCAACAACAGCCACCACAAACGCAAGCGCAUCAAUACCAAGAACCUGUACGACAAGCGGCUAGUAGUGCACACUCUGGUCAAACCUCACAACCUGCAUCCCAUUUUUACCACCCAACGCAACAACAUCAACCAUCGCAGCAACAUCAGCCAACACGCCAACAGCAGCAGCAACCACCAGCACAACCUGUGCAGCACUUGCAUCAACAUGCUCCUUCAAAUCAGCAUCCAGCACCACCUCAAAGUUAUAACCACUACCGCCAUCCUUACCCUCAGCAGCAACAACAGCCAAACCAGUACCAAUCGCCGGUGCAUCAACAACAAUCACAAAACCAACCCUCAGCUCAACAACCUUAUCCGCCAAACUCCCAAUACCAAAAUCAACCAUAUGCGGCUGGCUACGCUCAACACGGCUACGGAUCUGUCCAACCUGUCCAUCAUUCUCCACCAGUUCGAACACAAUCCCCGCACUAUGCUGCCCAACAUCAAGCUUCGACACAACAAUCGCCGAUCGCACAACAUACUGCCCAUCAAAUGUAUCAACAACAAGCGCCAACAAGACCCCAAACACCUCAGCAGCACAACCAAACACCAAACCAAUCCAGUAAUCCGGCACAACAACCUCUUGUGCGCCCGAUGCACCCAAUGCAACAACGACCAACUAACCCCUAUCAACAUCCAGUCAGUCAAUCGAUUCCACCUACCCAAUCCCUCCAACGUCCACAACAUACUCCGCACACCGUACACCCCCAACAGCCGCAAAUUAAACCUCCCCCUGCUACCCAUCCGCAUCAACCGGUCCAAAGAGCUCCCGCUCCGAGGCCGGCCCCGGUCAAGCCAUCCCCUGUCGCGAACAGUAACUUCAGCAAUUGUGACGAUUUUGAGGAACAAAUCGAAGCUUCAACCAUACGAUUCUCCACGUCAACCGAAAAUGGUACCAGCAAGAGCAAAACGAUCACCAUCAAAUUCAAGAAAGAAAAAUCCUCGUACGCCACCCCUAGUCCACCUCCGUUGGCAACUCACCCUUCGGUUCCGGUGUCGGUAGCCUCCACAUCCGGUGUCAAUAACGCUGCCUCCGAUACGGCUAAAAAAAUCAAAAAAGUUCCUUCGGGAUUGGCUAACACAGCCACCGCAGUCCGAACAAACCUUACACCGAAAACACCGAAAUCCGAGAGCACCAAAAAGAAUAAAGCCUCUAAAAGUAAAACUAGUAAACCUGAUCCAGAAGCGACACUCGUUCCUAGUCACAAGGUCAAGCAAACCUUUUUGUCACCAUCGUACACCGAUGAAAAUUCAACACAAUCCUACACCUCUUCAACGGGAGCGUCUGGUAAGAAACACAAGAAAAAGUCAAAAUCCCGUUACGCUGACGAUGAAGAAGCGGUCUACGAUGGCUACUCCCAGGAAGACGUUGAGUAUAUAGAUUCGGAUGACUUCGACGAAGAUGACGAUGAUGAAGACUUGGAUUCGUCCUAUCAAUCCAACUCCGAGUUCAACACGUCCUUUAGCAAUAUUUCUUUCGCCGGAGAUAACAGCAACGGCGCCUACAAUUACGGAGGAAGCUCCUGUUCGACGCCAAUGCGGCAAACGCAAACCUCCACGGGAAUAUCCAAAACAUCAACUCCAAUCGGUUCGUUCCGAUUCCUCAAGAAGCAUGAAUCAAAUCUCUCGCUAGGACACAACGAGGAUUCUAUGAACUCGACGGUCGUCGAAAACAGCUACUUCCAAACCGAACAGGAUGAGGAAGCUCGGCGACGACGGAAGGAAAAGGCAUUGGCCAUAAUUGACACUCACAUGGAGAAACCGUUCCUGGAUCCGUUCAGUAGCGAGCUGUGCAAAGCAUUCCUCACCAAGAUUGACUUCCCGGCGAGGGACAACGAAGAUAACUACAAGGUGAUCAACGCGAAUCUACCGAAGCUGUUCAAAGCUCAGAUGGCUUCGUUGGGUGGGCUAACGUAUAACAUCGAAAAAGAGGUUGGCAGAGGAUCGUAUGGAUCCGUGUUCCGAGCAGUCAAUGCCACAACUGGUGCCAUCGUUGCCAUCAAAUACCAGAAACCAGCCAACACCUGGGAAUUGUACAUAUGCACCGAAGUGAGGAAGAGGAUUAAGAAUGCCAAUAUUCUACCGGGUUUUAUGGAUAUUUGCUCGGCUGUUAUAGCACCUAACGCUAGUGUGCUGGUGUCGGAGUUCUCUCAGUAUGGUUCAUUGCUGGAUAUUAACAAUAAAUUACGUACCGCAACCACCAAGGUUAUGCAUGAAUCCUUGGUGAUGCAUUUUAGUAGCCAGAUACUGUCGAUCGUAGACCACCUGCACACGUGUAAUAUAAUCCAUGCCGACAUCAAGCCGGAUAAUUUCUUGCUAAUGGAUAUACCGAACGUGGAAUCGGAUGUGCCGACCCUGCGGUUGAUCGAUUUUGGGUGUGCAAUCGAUAUGAACUUUUUUGAAAAGAAACGGCAGUUCAAAAAAGUUAUCCAAACGGAUGGCUUCACGUGUGUAGAAAUGCAAGAAGGUCGUCCAUGGUCGUACCAAACCGAUCUUUUCUGUGUGGCUGGCACCAUACACGUGAUGCUGUUUGGCGAGUACAUGCAGCUGAAUAGGACCUCGUCCGGCUGGGAAAUCAAACAGAAACUGCCACGCUAUCUCAAAAAGCACGUGUGGACUGAUGUGUUCCAGAAGCUGUUGAACAUCAAGGACAUCGACCACAUGCCAAAACUGAACGAUCUGAAAGAGUUGAUUGAUGCAGAGGCGUUCAACAUGGAAUCGGAACUGGUCAAGCAUAUAAGAACGCUUUCGAAUUUGCUGAAGCGUCGAUAAAUGGACUGAUAUGUUGCCCAGCUGCAUCCACCGACAACAAUUGGGAUAUCUCGGAAAAAAAAAACAGCAGAGGUUAUCUACAAAGUGCACGUAUCAUCACCACAGCACACAGCAAAAUCAUACGCGCGCCACAAUAUGAAAACUCGCUCCAUUGAAUGACUUUGUGAUUAGAUGUUGCUUCUUGGCAACAAGUCGCUCAAUUUUUCACGCGCCAAGCCGCCACCAGCCAAUCAGCAAUUAAGCAGCGAGUUCAGAAUGCGCAUAGCAAGCUAUCUCUGGUUGGUAGCCUCUUCAAUUUAAAUUGUUCACACAAUUAAGUUCGCUUCCUUGAUUCGGUGACAAUUGCUGACGACGAGCCCUCAACAGCAACAGUGUGCUCAAGUCGCUUACGCCAGCGCAAGCCCAACAAACCAAUCAAUAACUAUAGCAGCGUCCACGCGCCCCAAGAAAUGAUUGACCUUCAGCGGCGUUCGUUGUUGUUUUGGAACACUUCAAAGUAAGGCAUUAUGUAACAAUACGAUCACCUACUAGAGCUGUGUUGCAUUUGGAUCGACCGUUUAAUGACCCCGCCAAGUUCCAAGUUUCGCUUUCAAGACUAAUUACACUGCUCAAACAGAAGGAACUGGUCUUUUAGAUAGUGUAGGUAAGCAGACUUGUAAACAAACAACGCGAAAUAUUUAUCACCUGGCGCCAUCGAACUACAUACCUACAAACUCUUGGAGAAGCUUGAAGGCACGAUCGCCAAGGUUGCGAAGAGGCCAGCAAAGAGAAAAUGUAUUCGUUCAUAUCAGAAUUUCGGUGGCACAGAUAAAAUUGGCUGAGUCACUGGGAGGGUGGCAACCUGAUGAUUACGAUGAGAUGGGUUUCUAACUUUGAACAAAAACUUACAACAAUCAACAAUCGCUUUGACCUAUAGGACGGAAGGAAGGACACGACCGUUUCUAACAACCCUGAUAGGUUACUUCAGAACUCAAAAUGCUCCGAUGACCUAGUGUUGUAGAGUACGACGCACCACUACUCAAAACACAAACCGAAGUCGAAUUCAAUUUACACGGCAACUGAGAGCACAACGUCGACACGGUCGCGUUUCAUCCAAUCUGCGGAACAGCUUAUGAAUGACUGACUGACUGACUGAAUUGAACUUUGGCGGAUCUGCUGGAACUGAACCAGGCCUGGCUGCCCAACUGACAGUGUAUAGGACGACAACGGGUGAAUCGAUCUACUACCGAUUGGUGGUUGUCUGUUUGGAUGACCACGCGCGUGUUUUCGCCAUCGAUAUUGGUGCGUAUUGAGUGAGGGAAGAGUUUUUGUUUUUAUUAACGGAAAGGAUGAAAUAAAUCUCUAGUAAAG